GGAUACCUUGAUCUUUUUCCUUGUCUUGGAGAAAUUUGGAACGGAUCACACGCAAUCGAUCGGACCGUGCAUGAGACCGGAAAACCGGCCCGGAUAGACUCAACCUUCUCCGUGUCUUGAAUAGUUGCAGUGGUAGGGAGCGAUAGCUUCCAGAUUGACCCUCACUCAAUCAGAAGGGCUGUAAUUUCGGUGUUUCGACGGGUCGAAGCAUCGCACGCUGCCGGCAAACACGGCGACCACUCCAUCUGGGGGCCCCAUAUUUCGAUCACGUCCCAUCAUCAUCAUCCGGCCGCUUCAAGUUGACCCCUCCUGGUCCCAAGAUCAUGCGGGAUGACACUCGCAGCUGGAUCUUGACUCAUAUAUUCGCCGGAUCGCCUUGAGACGGGCGCCCGCGCUCUGUUGCUGCUUUCUUCCUUACCAGAUAUGGACGCCAGCGCACAGACCAGCCCGACGCUCACGCCGCGGCACUCAGUGGAUGGCCUGGCGCUCAAGACGGCCAGCAGCGUCCACGAACCGAGCCUCGACCCCCGGAUCGCACUCCCGGACGACCCGCGCGCAGCCCGACUGACCUCGGUGCAGGAUGCAGAGCUGGGAUCAGUUAAAUCGGACGUGGGAAAGCGCGAAGAGGCGAUCUACCUCGAGUUUGAGCCAAACGACCCGCGUGACCCCGUGUGUUGGCCCAACUCGAAGAAAUGGGUCGUCACGGCACUGGCGUGUUUCUCGACGCUGAUGGCCGCUUCUUCGGCCACAGCUUUCACGAUGGGGACGGCUUCCAUGACGGUGAAAUUCCCACAACGAUUGAAGAAUAGGGGGCUGACCGAUCGACACCAGCGGGAUCUGAACUGCACGGAGUUCCAGGCCACCGUCGCGUUCAUCGUGUUCCCUCUCGGCUUCAGUCUCGUCCCGCUCGUUUCGUCCAGUUUUAGCGAGGAAGUCGGCCGGCAGCCGAUAUACAUCGCAUCAGCGAUCGGCUUUACCAUCCUCUAUCUCCCCAUUGCUCUAGCUAAGAAUAUUCAGACUGUGACUAUAGCAAGGUUCCUCCAGGGCGGUUUUGGAUCGUCCUGGGCUACGAUGGUCGGUGGGACAAUUGCAGAUAUCUGGCGGCCACAUGAACGUGGUCUGCCCAUGGCCAUCUUCUCUCUCGCUUCCUUGGGUGGGACCGGGCUGGCUCCUGUUGUCUACGGCUGGGUGGAGAUGAACUCCAGACUAGAGUGGCGAUGGAUCGAAUGGAUACAAAUGAUAUACUGUGGCGUUUACACGGUCAUCGUCCUUCUGGUCAUGCGCGAGACGCGAUCGUCGAUUCUCCUCGUCCGCCUCGCCCAAAAAGUCCGUAAAGAGACCGGCGAUCACAGGUACCGUGCAAGGAUCGAAGACGAGAAGAUCAAGCUGUCGACGUUAAUAUAUAUCUCCUGCACCCGACCAAUCCAUCUGCUGUUCACUGAGCCCGUCGUCUCCAGUUUCAGUCUUUGGAUCGGCUUCCUCUGGGGCGUGAUGUUUUGCAUGAUCGAAUCUAUCCCGGGAGAAUUCUCUAAUCUCCACAACUUCAACAUCGGACAGGAGGGCACGGUCUUCCUGACGCUCGUUAUCGGUGCCUCCCUCGGAUUCUUGACCAACUUCUACCAAGAGCAUCUUUACCGGAAAUAUUACAGCAGGCGUGGCCCCGAAGCGAGGCUCAUUUGCGCGUGUGCUGCCGCCGUCGUGCUUCCCCUGGCGAUGUUCAUCUACGCCUGGUGCUCCUUCCCGCGCAUCCCCUGGAUCUCGCUCGCAAUCGCCGUCACGCUCUACAUCUGGGCCACGUUCAUGGUAUACCUCGCCGUGUUCUCCUACCUCGCAGACUGCUACGGCCCCUUUGCCUCCUCCGCGCUCGCCGGGCAGAGCCUCUGCCGGAAUCUGCUCGGCACGGUGUUCCCGCUGUUCACGAAACACAUGUUCGCGGUGCUCGGCUACACGUGGGCCAACACCAUGUUCGCGCUCAUCGCCACGGUCAUGGUCCCCAUCCCGUUUGUGCUGUUUUUCUACGGCCCCCGGAUACGCGCGCGGAGCCGGUUCUCGAGUAUUGUGAUGGAGCAGGAGCGGCUAGCUGCCAUGGAACACGAAAAAGUGUGAAUGGAGUCUGGGUCUAGGAUGAAUGGCUAAAGACCAGCAAAAUCUGCGCUCUUGCGUCGCGCCAGAUCACGUGUAGACUUGAACUGGCAAAACCUCACGAACCGGUCGAUCCGGAUAGACACCGACAUUGAUAUAAUCUUCUUGUCGUACAAUACAUAGAAUACGACACUUACAUGCCCCGCUCCCUACACAAGCGCCUGCAGACGCAAAAAGUCGGGCGAGCCCAAACCAGUGACCGGGUCCCAGCCAGUGCCCGCCGUAAA